UGUGGGCGAAUUGCCGUUAGGCCUACAUCUUACUUUUCACAUAGAAGCAUAGUCCGCCUCUAGACCGUAACAAGCGUUUACACACUUUCUAUUGUUAUCAAGAUCUCUAGGUCUAGUUCUUUGGCUUAGCAGUAUUUAAAAAAAAAAAAACCAACAAAAGACUUCUUUACAAGCAACUCCUAUAAUGGCACCUAAAUUUGGAGGAGGUGACAAAUGUGGAAUUUGUGAUAAGACAGUUUAUGCCCAAGAAAAGAUUGAGGCAGGAGGUGUCCCUUUUCACAAACAGUGUUUCAAAUGUUCUCACUGCAAGAUGUCCCUUAAUUUGCAAAAUUAUGCUCAAGCUGAAAAGAUACUAUACUGCAAGAAUCACUAUCAGUCUGAAGUGGUGGCCAAAAAUUCCCAAAUUGUCUCGUGAUGAGUACCACAAAUAUGAAAAGUCAUACCCUAAAAUAACUUAGAUUAUUUUUUUAGUUUUCACUGUGUGAUAGUUGUGUUGAAUACACAUAUACAAUAGAUUUUACCUGUUCUUAUUAAUUCCAGUAAUUUGAAACUUACAAGAGAAACAUAUAAUAUAUAUAUAUAUAUAUAGAUUACAAUAGUCUAGUCUGUCAAUUCCUAUUGUAAGAAUCACCUUAAGUUACUAAGUAAGAUAACCAGCAUGCCUCUUUGAAUAAUUUUUGUAUGCUCUCUAAAAUAAGAUUGGUUAACAUCCUUUGUAUGUUCUUACAGUACAAAAUUUCAUUUAUAUUUUAUACCUUAAACUUGUAAAAUCUUUUAAAAUGUGAAUCACCAGAAAAUGUUUCUGUAACUCAGUUCAAGAGGUGCUAAUAUAUUUAUGAUUUUUUGAUAUAUUAUACUGUUGUUGACAUUUUUUUAAUAGUUAAUUCUCAUUAUUAUAGCUUUAAAAAAAUAAUUGUUGUAUACAUCUAUCUAACAGAAAUAAGAUCCAUAUUCUAUUGUUUUCUUGUGUACCUUAUGUAAAAAGAAACCUGUGAUGAAAGGAUUUUGCCUUAUUAAAUGAUUGAUUUAGUCUAAAAUAAAAUUGUAAUAUUUCUAUCAAAGUUACACAAACAAUUAUCUGCCUGAAAAUUAGAGUAUGUUUUUUUUCCACUUUAUUUAAGUCCUAAAUUUUGAAAUAUAUAGAUAAUGCAAAAUAUGUUCAUUGAUAUUUAUUAUGACUUUUGUUAUGCAAGCAUCAUUUUUUUGACAUCUUAGCAUGCCAUUUUUAAAAAGUAAAAUAAAAAAUUAAAAU